GGAUCGUGUGGAGCUACACACUGACCAGAUAAGAAGUUUUCUCUUGCAUUAAUGAUAAGAUGUUUCUGGGUUGCCUUGAUGGUAUAUACCGACUAAACAUACUGAAGGGAGAAGGGUACAAAGAAGAAGAAUGGGCGGAGGUAUCCUUUCUUCCAUGAUCAAGUGGACGGUGGAGAAGCUGACUAUCUUCGCAACAACGCCAGCUUCGUCACCGGCUGAGCCCCGGAACGAUGUCGAAGAAGAGCUAAGGAAGCUGCAGAGGACGAUGUUGAGGAUCCAAGCCAAACUUGAUGACUCGGAGGAGGAGGAUGUAAGAGAUGAGUCUGUAAGGCUAUGGUUGAGCGAGCUCAAGGAUGUCGCUUAUGACGCUCAAGACGUGGUGGAGGAGUCCGAAUACCAAGUGCUGCGCGCCGAAGCAGAAAGCAGAUCGAGAGGUGGCGGCAGCCACAAAGGCAAGCAUGUGGAGGUAUGCGACUACUCCAUCUCUGCUCCUUCAAGGAUUUCAUUUCCAGAUGAUUUAGCAAGUAAAGUCAAGAAGAUAAGGGAGAGGUUUGAUGAGAUCACCACAGAAUGGAAAGCCCUCCGAUUGGGAAAGAAACAUGGAAAGAGACGAAGAGAUGAGUCGGGUAACUGUAGACAGACGAGUUCUUGCUUCGAUGAAUCAAUUGUUUUCGGAAGAGACGACGAAAAGGAAAAGUUAAUCGGGUUGCUGCUUUCGGAGAUUGAUGAUAUUGGUGGCAGAGGAGGUACAAUGUCAUUAAUUCCCAUAAUUGGCAUGGGUGGAGUCGGUAAAACGACACUAGCUCAGCUCGUAUAUAAUGAUCCCAGGGUAUCCAACUACUUCGAUACAUGGGGAUGGGUCUGUGUUUCUGAGGAUUUUGAUGUCGUAGGUUUAACACGAAAGAUCUUGGUGUCCUUUUCCAAAACCACAGUUUAUUACACAGAAUUAAAUGAGCUUCAACAAGAACUUCAAAAAAAAUUGCAGGGAAAGAAGUUUUUGCUUGUUUUGGAUGAUGUUUGGAACGAGAAACCUAGUCUUUGGGAGUUGGUGAAAGUCCCCUUACUCAAGGCUGGAGUUGGUAAAGUCAUAGUGACUACUCGGAAUGAAUGUGUUGCCAGAAUCAUGCAGACGAUGGAGCCUUUGAAUUUGAACAUCUUACCAUUCGACAAAUGUUGGAUGUUGUUCGAGAAGCUUGCCUUACUGGAAGGCUUAGAUUCCAGCAGCAGGCAUAACGAUUUGGUGGACAUCGGUCGGCAGAUUGUGGAGAAGUGCAGAGGCUUGCCGUUGGCAGUGAAGGUAAUUGCACGUGCUCUGAGUUACGAAGAUGAUCGAGACAAAUGGAUGGAUAUCUUGGAAAGUGAGCUGUGGGAAUCAGUCGAUGCAAACUUUGAGAUCUUUCCGGCUCUUAAAGUAAGCUAUGAUUGCUUGCCAGUAGAACUAAAAAGGUGCUUCCAGUACCUAUCCUUGUUUCCCAAAGACACGGUUUUAUCCGAGAGAUACAUUGUCCAUUUAUGGAUGUCGCAAGGUCUUCUUCGGCCUCCAAGAAGCAAGCGAGCAGAGGAUAUAGGCAGUGAUUACGUCAGCAACUUGGUGGAAAGGUCAAUUUUGCAGAUUAAGAGGAUAAGCAUAGGACAUGCCUUGGACCCCGAGGAAGAGAAAGAGUUAGUAAUGCAUGAUCUUGUUCACGAUCUAGCACAGUCUGUUGCGCAGGGGGAAUGCCUAAGCAUAGCAGCUAACAAACUCGCAAGCAUUUUUCAGGGGGAUGGCGACAAAUUUCGGAAGGUUCGACACUUAUAUCUGGUUUUUGACGACAAGAUGACAUCCAGAGACGCCGAGGUUUUGCCGGAGCUAAAACGUCUCCGGACAUUGAUAAUUCACGCACCACAUAGGGAGCGACACAAUGCUACUAAAUUCUUAAAUGAAUCGUUACGGAACUUCAAAUACCUACGAGCUUUGGAGUUAAACUACACCAACAUCGAAGAGCUGCCUGAUUCAAUCGGCGACCUCAAACUACUACGCUACCUCUCCAUCGAAGGUGCUAACAUCGACAGUCUUCCAGAAUCCAUAUGCAGCCACUACAAUUUGCAGAUUCUGAAUGUGACUGCUACAUUUGAUCUCAAGGAACUACCAAGCGGCAUAGUAAACUUGCCAAAUAUAAGGCAUCUCAUGCUAAAUGAAAGUGGCGUCGCUAUCCCUCGUGGCCUUGGAAAGUUGACGAACUUGCAAACACUAGACUGCAUCACAUUGAGCCCGACUAGAUGGCGUUACGAGGUAGAGGACUUGAAGGGUUUAGUGAAUCUGAGAGGAAAACUCACCGUUCACAAUCUCAGGUAUGUGAAUGAGUAUGUUUCUCAAACAGAUACACCUCUGAAGACAAAAGAUCGUAUCGAGUCUUUGGGACUGAAUUGGUCUGAUAGCACUAAUGCAACCCGAGACAUGGACGACGACACGGCAAAGCAGGUUCUGGAAUGCUUUCGCCCACAUCCUAACCUAAAACAGCUUAUAAUAUGCGAUUACGGUGGUGUCAGAUUUGCAACAUGGUUGGGGGAUUCAUCCUUCUCCAAACUAGUGAAUAUAGAGAUAGUCGUAUGCCUGAAAUGCAAUCUGCUUCCACCCUUGGGUCAGCUGCCUUCUCUUAGAGUUCUUGCUAUAAAACAUUUCUCUGAUCUCCAACGUAUUGGGCGUGAGUUUUGUGGUAUUGGUAGUUUGACAAAGGGGUUCCCGUCUUUGGAGACAUUGACAUUCUCUGAUAUGAAAAAUUGGAAAGAGUGGGAUGGAGUGGUGGCCGGUGACUUCCCUCGUCUUCGCCAACUUGAAAUCGAUAAUUGUCCUAAAUUGAGGUUUUUUCCUCAGCACCCAAUUUCUUCGAUGACGAAACUGAAAUUAAGUCAUAUCGAUGCUUCCUUGCAGCCAGAUCCCUUCAUGUAUGUUUCUUCCUCCCCCCCACCCUCAGGGCCUCAGUAUUUAUCAUUUCGUGGCUUUCGCGGCUUUAGUAUUGAUAUGGAUCUACCUUCGCUCAAGGAGUUGGAGAUAUCACUGUGCCCAAAGUUAACGUCUCUUGCGGGACUUACCAACCUCACCUCCCUGCACUCUUUGAUCAUAUAUUACUGUCCAGAUCUACGAUUCCCUCCGACAGAGAGGUUACCAUCCACUCUCCAACCUCCGAGGAUUUUGGACACUCCUUGGAUUAAGCAGUGGUACGAGAGACAAACACAAGAUGAUCCAAUGAAGGAAUUGCAGCUCUUUCCGCACCCAUCACAGUCUUCAUUCUUGGGUGACCAAAUCGAAAAUGAUCAACCCAGGUCACCUGACAACAAUCGCACGAUUGAGCCCCUGCCUCAAGCUCCAGAUGAACCAGAGCCUCCUGCAUCACUGUGCUCUUUGUCUCUGGAACUCUCUCUUUCCAAUUUACAAGCGCAAGCUGGUUCUAGCUCUGGGGUUGACAAGAUAUGCCAAAAGCAGUUCGUACCAAGGGAUGAAACCUGCGGGUACUGGUCAUUUUUCUCUAAUCUUUCUUACCAAUCAAUUGCCAUAUAGGAAUGCUAUUUUGUUGGAC